AUGAGGCGUGGCACAAUGGGCGGGAGGUCGCGGUACACACGCUGGUCCGGCAGCGCAAUGCGGCACAGCACCAUCCGGUCUCCGCUCCCGCACAUGAACGGCGCAGCAGGAGUUAGUUCAGACGACAAUGACGACAGCGACGACGACGCGGAUGCAGAGAACGCAAGUGAAGACUGGCGCAUGUAUUUCUCGUGGUAUUCACGGGUGCGCACCUCCACUAUCAUCGCUGUGUCAAGUUCCGAAGCAACUUCCACUACAAGCGUAAGAAUACGCUCGAACUGCUGCUGUUGCUUUUGCUGUUGCGGGAGCAGCAGUGAGUGGUACAAUGCCGCGUCGCACGGGUUGGCGGUACGAAGCACGACGACGGUAUUGCCGCACACCGGCCAGCCGAGCCGCGCAAUGCAGCGUUCAAUUGCGCCAACGUGCGGCUCGUGGCGCCGGCUGAGGCGUUGCAGCAACAGCAGUACUGCGGCUGCCCCACACGAAGGGCAGCUGCUGCGCCUGCGAGGGCUCUUGGAGUGA